AAAUGAAUUGGAGAUGCCCUAACCUCAUCUCACCCUCGUCAGUCGUCUGUUCGCUACCACGCUUAGGCACCUCCCGCCUCAGCCUCGAGUGGCGCCCAUGGCCAUCUCCACGGCCCUCGCCGUCCGCGCCUCUCCCUCCUGCCAAUUCUCGGUCAGUUCGUCCUUUGCCUGCUCUCCUUUGUUUAGGCGGAAUGGAAGCAGUGCAUCUCCGCGCCUCCGAGGACUGCAAGUUUUAACAUCAGGUGUUUCUGCAUGGUUGGAUGAGAGGAUACACGGUCAAUCUUAUCUGAGGAAAAAUACAAUCGUGGCAUCAGAGAAUGAAAAUCCACCUUUAAUGCCUGCUAUCAUGACUCCUGGUGGCCCUCUGGAUCUGGCAACCGUACUGCUAGGAAACCGUAUAAUCUUCAUUGGUCAAUACGUUAACUCGCAAGUGGCACAACGUGUGAUAUCACAGCUUGUCACACUUUCUGCUAUAGAUGAAGAGAGUGAUAUUCUGAUAUAUCUUAACUGCCCUGGCGGAAGUCUCUAUUCUAUCUUAGCAAUUUAUGAUUGCAUGUCUUGGAUCACACCGAAAGUUGGGACAGUGUGCUUUGGUGUUGUUGCUAGUCAAGCAGCGAUCAUUCUUGCUGGUGGUGAGAAGGGGAUGCGCUAUGCGAUGCCUAAUGCCAGAGUAAUGAUUCAUCAGCCUCAAGGUGGAUCGGAGGGUAAUACAGAGGAGGUGAGGAGACAGGUUGGGGAAACCAUUUAUGCUCGAGAUAAAGUUGACAAAAUGUUUGCUGCUUUCACGGGGCAACCCAUCGAUAUAGUGCGACAGUGGACAGAGAGGGAUCGUUUCAUGUCGUCGUCCGAGGCCAUGGACUUCGGACUAGUCGACGCAUUGCUGGAAACGGAAUGCUAAGCAAACGGCUGCAAAUUGGAGCUCUAAGUCAGAUACAUUCAUCAUGUUUCGUUGCCCUUUCAGUUGGGACCGACCUAUGUUUAGUGACUAGGGAUGAGAAGAAGGGGGUGUCAUUUGCCUCUUAGGAGUUUGGCUUGGGCUGCGGGUGAUUUUGUGUUGGAGAUAUUAUUGAUUUUCUGAUUAAUUUAAUUCAUAAGUAAAUCAUCAUGACAAUGUUGACAAUCCUAAUCUCACAUUGUAAGCUAAUGACGCGAUUGCAUGCUAGGCAUAUAUUAUAUGGAACUAUAUGAAACUUAUAACCAAAAUACUAGGCCUGUAAGGGUUUGAAUUUUCUGGAUUUUUUGACUUUUUCUUA